AUGAUUUUGAGGGCGUUUUGGACAUGGAUUCUAUUCCUAACUUUCUAUAUUGUUUAUGCAGACGAAAAAUGUGACCUUGGUGCUGCUGAUCUAAUUUUCCUGCUACAAUCCCGCUACGACUUGCCGGAGCCCGGUUUCCUCCAGAUGAAGGUGUUCAUCAAGAAUUAUAUUGCUACGAUAGAUAUGGGCAGGGAUACGCAGAAUACCAGAAUCGGCGUCAUGACUUACGAUGGCUUAAACGAACCGGAAUACAAAAUCCACCUCAGCUCCUACGGUAGAGCCAGUGAUGCAUCAAUUGCCAUUGAUCAGAUUGGCCGAAGUCCUUGCGGGUCCUGGUGCGCCGAAAAAGCUGACUUAUCGGUUGCACAGGCAGCCCAAAAAGCCAUCGAAAUCUUUGGCAAAGAAACGAGCACAGGACGGAUGAAGAAAAUUGUGGUGAUCCGGCACGGGCAGCAAGAUCAUAUGCACUCCGAGCAGCUACGAAAACUCACGCAAAGUGACGCCUGGCUCAAGGUUGAGGAAAUUUUGGUGCAUACUGGAACGAUGGCGAUGGACGACCCCUACGGCCAAUACCUCAACGCGUACUACCAGCCGUAUGAACGGUAUCUCGGGCGCAUGCACCAAAUGUUCCCCAAUGCUACGUUUCGCGACUUUAGACGCCAAUAUGAUGUCGACGCUUUCAAGCUGCCCUACGACAAAAAUGUUGACAAUGGGCUGAUCACGGUCAAGGACUUCUCGCAACUGGCCGCCCUUGGCCCAGAUCUCUGCGCAGAAAUUUUCAGCUGCCCACCCUGCGAUGGAAAUUCCGCUUCAACCUUGAAUUCCAGCCCAAAUACCUUCCUGGAAACUAGCAACUCGGGUGAUGCAAAUAGCAAGGAGACACCGAAUGAGUCGUCAGUUCCGAACCGUGGAGGCACAACCUCAACAAAAACCGAUGCUAAAAAUGGGGACUAUGAAUAUGAGAUUGUCGGGGAUCCUCCAGGAUUAACCAUCAACUCCAGCCCCGCCUCCAAGAAACAGAAAAAGGAUGCUGUUUCCGCGAAUGAGACCCCAGAGUAUGAAUUGGAAGAGGAAGAAGAGGCAGGGGAACCUGUCGAAACUGAACAGCUUUCUGAUGAAGAUAACCUGCGAAAGAAGAAGAAAAAGAAACUGGUGAAGAAACACCGCAUAAAAAGACAAGCCGUUUUGCGGCAAGAUCAAUGCGUGUGUCCGAGGGAUGGAGCUGGUUCUACGUCAGCAGGUGGUUGUUCUGAUGGUCCGAGCAGUCCAGGAGGCGGCUGCGCAAGCACAAAUUCGGUAUACCCGGGAUUGCAGUAUAAUUAUGAUCCGGAGGGUGGAGUUGGGCCGCCAGCUCCUGCUUCUGCCUGUGGCGGUGCUCCCUGUGCUGCUGCUCAACCGCCCUGCGGCUCGUCUUACUGUGGUUACGCUCCUAGCUACCCUUCUCCCUGUGGAGGUUGCCCUAGCCAAACGGCUCAAUACUACUCUCCCUGUUCGAAUGGGUGUUCUGGAGUUCAGGGCUGGUACUACCCCUACGAUCGAAGUCCACUAGCCCCGGGGACUCCAGAAGCUACUGCUUUUAGUGUGGAUGAGAAGAAGCCAGAAACCGCACCGAAAACUUUGGCUCCUCUGGACCCACUUCCGGGGAUUGGAGCCGAAGCUUCAACAUCCAGCUCGGAGCUGACCGACACGUUCAACUCCAUGUUCAAAAACACGGAUACAGAUGACGCAAAAACACCGGUGCCAGCAAGUGAAAAUAAGGACUCGGAUUCGGAAGCAGUCGCUAAAUCUGUAGAUGAGUUAACUUCGACGACAAAUCCUUACGCUAAGCUAAGAGACGUCAUCAAUCAAAUGAAGCCGAUUCAGAAGCGAAACCAGAUCCCGUUUAGUAUCUCGAUUUUCGAGGAUCCGAAUGUGAAAAUGCCCAAAUUUGAUAAUUUGCUUACAAAUAUUGUAUCGGCAAAGAGUUAUGAGGAUUAUUUAAAGGGAGAAGAUCAUUCCACAAUGUUUCCGACUAUUGCUACCUUACGCCCAUCCACGUACGCUCCAAAUACCUCUGUCCAACGCUUUGUCCACAAAAUCCGGAAACCGAACUAUGCGAAACACUUCAAGAGGAAAAUGGCUGCUUCGCCGUUGGAACAAGGCCUGGAGGACAUUCCGGAUCCGAAUUCGAAAAACUCGAUAAAAAUCCCGCCUCCAACGGAAAAGCUACUAAUUGAGGAUGAAGAGCUUGGGAAGAAAAAAGUCGCUAAUGCCCUGGAAAAGAAGUUGCGACGAGCCCGAUUUUAU